AAAGGUGAUUAGUCGCAAGGUAAAAUCUCCCCCACGUGUUCGCUACUGUUUAUAGGAUUAGUUGGAUUGUGGGUAUUGCAGUCCGCCAUUUUGUUGUGUGUUUGUACUGUCUUGUCUGUGUGUGUUUUCACGUGGAAAUAGAAAUCAUGAAUUCACAAACUCAGAAUGGCCAUAGAGAAGAACCAGACCCUGAUACAAUUAAAAUGUUUGUUGGUCAGAUUCCACGGUCAAUGGAUGAGAACGAAAUAAGGAAAAUGUUCGAAGAGUUUGGACCAGUGUUUCAAUUAAAUGUGUUACGUGAUAAGUUAACAGGACAGAGUAAAGGUUGUUGUUUUGUUACAUUUUACACAAGAAAGGCAGCAUUAGAUGCACAGAAUGCACUACACAAUAUCAAAACAAUGGCAGGGAUGCAUCAUCCCAUACAGAUGAAACCCGCAGACAGCGAGAAACGAAGCGGUGAGACAAAUUGUGGUGGAUAUCAAGUCUCAAGAAUAAUUUCCUAUGAGAGAAAAUUAUUUGUUGGUAUGAUCUCUAAGAAGUGUUCAGAAAAUGACAUUCGCAUGAUAUUUUCACCAUUCGGUAGCAUAGAAGAUUGUACAGUUUUACGAGACCAGAAUGGCCAAAGUAGAGGCUGUGCUUUUGUUACAUAUGUAAAUAGACAGUCAGCUCAAAAUGCAAUAAAAAGUCUACAUCAUUCCCAAACAAUGGAGGGCUGUAAUGCACCAAUAGUUGUAAAAUUUGCAGACACACAGAAAGAAAAAGAACAGAAAAAGUUAAACAACAUGACAGCCAAUUUAUGGAGUCUUUCAGUGGGAGGCUUAAAUGCUCUUGGCCCACAAUACCUAGCACUAUUACAACAGGCAGCCGCAGCAGGGAACCUGGGAAUGUUUAAUUUAGGUAAUAUGGGUGGUAAUAAUGGUCUGCAGCAUCUAUUACUGGCUCUUGCUGCAGCCGCAGCAGGAAAUAACCAAGGAGGACUAUUAGCUGCCCUUGCAGGGCUCCAGUUUAAUGGUGGAAAUUUAUCCACCCCAAAUUCACCAAGCGGAUCAAAUUCCUCCAAUAACAACAGCAGUACAGGAGAGGUUGCCAGUCUACAAAACUUACAGGGUUUGAUGGCACUAGCCAAUGCUAACAAUCCAGGUGCUUUAAAUGCUUUAGGUAUACAAAGCCUGUCUGGAUUGAGUGGUUCUGGUAUGUCAAAUAGCACAGCUUUUGGACACAGACCAAAUGGAAAUAUAGGAUCAUUAACAGGUACUACCACAACCUCAUCAUUGCCUGGCCUUGCCGCAAAUUUACAGAGCCUAGGCAACAACAACAUUAGUGCUACACAUUUACAGAAUGCUGUCAAUGGCCUUGGUUCCACAAACCAUUCAGGGAUGGAUACCAUUAGCCAGGCUUACACAGGGAUACAACAAUAUGCAGGUUUGUGUGGUUUACUCAGCCCAGGUAAAGCAGCAUUCCCAAAUUCAUUCAAUACAACAACAGCACAGAUCCAACAGAAUUCUGCAGCUGGUAAACAAUCAGAGGGACCUGAAGGAGCCAACUUAUUCAUUUAUCAUUUACCACAAGAAUUUACAGACAGUGAUUUAAUACAAACUUUUUCUCCUUUUGGGAGUGUGAUCUCUGCUAAAGUGUUUAUUGAUAAACAGACAAAUCUCAGCAAAUGUUUUGGAUUUGUUAGUUAUGACAACCCAGUCUCAGCUCAGGCUGCCAUACAAGCCAUGAAUGGGUUCCAGAUUGGUAUGAAAAGGCUGAAGGUUCAGUUAAAGCGCCCCAAAAAUGAUGGAAAACCUUACUGAUAUAGGCAAUAAUAUGACACAGUGGUGUUUCCUUUGUCAGUGACGUGAUGUCCUUCAUUUGUCCUUCACAUCCUGUCUGAAAGUGUUUGCGUCAUACAGAAAUAACUUAAAUCAAGACAAUAAGAUUUUGUUUUUGUUUUGUAUAAAGGGUUCCUUCAUAUACCACUUAUAAUUUUCUUGUAUCAAGUUUUAAAGUUUGUGUACUGUUUUAGUAUUGUUUUAACGUUUACAUAAUUUUAUUUUUUGUUAGUGAUAAGCUUUACUGUCGAGUUAAAUAAAUUUAAGUUCAUGAAAUUUUAAGUGGUAUAUGAAGAGUUGUUACAGCAUUUAUGAAAUAUGAGCGUGUACAAAAUUUUCAACCAUAUGGCUAAAAUACUUAUGUGUAAUCAAGAAAAUAAAUGUAUGUGUUAUUUUAUAUACCAAAGAUUAUGUUAUAAUCAAAAGAUUGUUUUUAUUUUAUUUUAAUUGAUAUAUUAAGUUAUAUCAUUUGACCAAUCGGUCAUAAAUUUAUCGGUGCCAUUUAAUUUUUUCGUGAUUUUAAGCAAUUUGAUACCAAAGUUAUAUUUUUUUAUGUUACAUACUCUGUUUGUGUAAGCAGCAAGUAGAUUUUUUAAAGUCCAAUUCUAGUAAAGUAAACUGAAGCCAGAGACCAAUUUUAAGAGUCUUUCUUUAGGGUUAAGGUAGAGUUUUACUUCUAAGUAUUCUCUACAAGUAUGAAAAAGAUUUAAACGUCUAUGUAUGUUUCUUGUGCUUGUUAUUAAACAUUUUUAAAAUCUGAAAAACUUUUAACAGUUGUGAUACUAAUGUAAAUAUUUGUUUUUAUUCUUCAUUUCAAGUAGAGCAGCUAACUUCAGUUUUAAGAAAUGUCUUUGUGAAAAAAAUAUAUCUGUGUAGUCCUUUGUAGAAAAGUGAGAAUGGCAGUGAUAAUCAUUUGAGAACUUUUCAAUUUGGAUUAUUUUUUAAAGCCAAACUAACACUAGGUAUAUAUAUAACUACAAACCUAUUGCUUUUUUUUCUUCACUCAUCUUUUCUUGAUAAUUGCUCAGCCAUAAUUGGAAAAUCCAUUUUAGUGUUAUACAACUGUUUUGAUUUUUUUUUAAUUCAUUUUUUUAGAAUUUACUGAAAAUUGGAAUUAAAUUUUAUAUCUGCUAGAUAGUUUCACAAACUUUUAUUUAAAUUCUGGAAGGAUCAGGAUUGUCAAAGUUUACAGGAUACAACAUCUGAAAUUAUGUGUAUAUUUUGUCAGGAUUGUUCAUAAUGGUAAUAGCCAUAUUAUUUAUUUUUCAUCCGAUUCACUUGUAUUUAUAUCAUACUGUAUCAGUUCAGAGGUUGUGGUCCAUGUUUAAAAAAGCCAUAUGGUUGUUAAUUUUAGAUCCUUCAUUGAAUAAAAAAAGUUCUAUUGAA